AUGCCGACCCCUGCGACGCCAACUCGCCCCUCCAACCGUGGAGGGAGUGCCAAAUCGACUCCAAGUAAACCGCUUGAUAUCGGACAACCGCUAGGAAUUCACGACACGAAUACGGUUCGUUCGCGAGUGCGCCAGUGGCAGCAACAGGGCGGAGGCGUAAUUACGAUCAACGAUGGAACAUACGACGAGGACGAUGAAGAGAAUCCCCCAAAACCAAAGCCCAAGGUGGCCAAGUUGAAGGUGGAUCAACUGGAGAAGUCAGCCAAGGAGAAGGAGAAAGAGAAAGAAAAGGAGAAGGUUCCAGCUGUUCGAAAACGCAGCCACAGCACCCCUAGAAAGCGAGUCAUCAGCGAUGAACACUGGAGGAAAAACAGAUCUACGACAAACACGCCUUCACGCAACCUUCCCGCCCCGAGGCGCAUCAAUGAGUACACGACCAACGGGGACGCUGGGUCGCCGCGAGCCAAACGAGAUGUCAAGAAGGAUGUCCUGGAUAAGACCCGAGAUCCUCCCAAGUUUAAAGCCUAUCGAAUCAAGGAUGUCUCUGAAUCGCCAACCCGAGAUUUCAAGAGCUCAUCUGUCCAAAAGGACGCCGAGUCCGUCGCCGACAGUGACCUGGACACCGAUUUACCUCCCCAGUCUACGAUAGCGCCAGAGAUACCGGAAGGCCAGAGGAGAAAAUCGCCACCUCCGGAGGACAUAGACUGGGCGAAGAGCGAGGCUGAUUUCUCGGAGCUGUCUCGGAGGCGCGCCCGUGGACCUCAAAAACCGCCCAAAGGUGGUAUCUUUGCCCACAUGCUGGACGAAUCGAGGAAGAUGUUCAAGCUACCAGAGCCCGAACCACCGAGGCCAACUCCACCCCCCGCUGGUAACCGUGGAGCGAAGAUCGAAGCUUGGCUAUCUGAAACGCCGGAUCCAUUCGUGGACAACCGGAAUCCAAAAAGCGACAUGCCUGGUCCGUUGGACAUCAAGUCCGCCCGCGCGCGACGGUCACAGCGCAUGGUAGACGAGAUUGCAGCAAGCAUUCCUAUUUCUGAAAUAUCUCAGGAAAGCGAACCUCGUCCGAAGAGUAGCGGAUCUCGUCCCAAGAGCUCACAUAGUCGACAUUCCAAGGAGCAGGACGACGCUAAAACUCCAGAAAAAUCACGGAAAAUCCCAGAGGCUGACAUGGAAAAGGUCGAAAAGCCACUCGCUCUGAGGAUCCGCCAUGACAAAGAGAAGCUUGGUGACAACCCAUACGAAGACAGUCUGGCGCCUUCCGAAUCAGACUUCCAGCCAUUCUCAGACGGCGGGUCAGAAGUUUCUGGGAAUAAUGCGCCUGUCCCAGUCGGUCGCAAGAAGCCCUUCCCAAGCACUGGCUACCACCGACUAUCAACCAUUGCGUCGGUGGAAACCCUCAGCACCCUCCCAGAAGGCUCGACUAUCUCCGAAAAAGCCACGGCAAAGCGACCAACCCCUGAAACCCUGGAAGAGGCAGAAGAAGCCGCCGAAGAGAAAGAUCAGUUUGACCCAGAUUCUCUGCCAGUGGUCGCAUCGCAACUCCAGCGGCGCCUUACCACUCACAAGGACCUCAUGUCCGUGUUAUCAGGCCCUGUCUCCCGGAGUGGAAGUACUCGGUCCCGAAGAAGUAUCCGCUCCAACAAAAGCCGACUGGCUAACGCGACCAUUCCCGAUCUGUUGGCCGAGCUUUCCGCUGAUGAAGCCAAGUACAUGCGCGAGCUCAAGACACUCGUCGGAGGUGUUAUCCCUGUCUUACUCACUUGUGUCCUAUCGCGGUCCGACUCGGCAAUUGCCGCAGGCUUAUUCCGGCCCUCGCUGGACCCAAAGGACGACCUCAACUUUUCCAAGCCUAUUGUCAAUAUGGGUGUCGCCAUUGAGCGCUUGAAGACCUUGCAUAAAAGGAUCCCUCAAGAUGAUGCGGAUGAUUUGCUCACAUGGGCCCAGGGUGCUCAAAGAGUGUAUCGCGAAUACCUCAAGGCAUGGAGACUCGGCUUCAAGGAUGUCAUUGUAAACCUCGCUCCUUUGGAGGAGGGCGAGGAUGAUGGCAAUGCUGAGACGAAGUCAUUAGAUGAAGGCAUGGAGCGAGAUGAACAUGGCGAUGUCAUUGGUUCCAAUGGAGAGAAGGUGGAUGUUGCGUAUCUGCUGAAGCGGCCUCUAGUUCGCUUGAAAUAUCUUGCCAAAAGUUUCAAGGGAAUCAACCAUCUACAGCCAUCUGCCAAGGCCGAAGAGAUCUCUACUGCCUAUGCGUCCCUGGUGACGGAUGCCCGCAAGCGAGCACGAGAUGAAAGAGCAAGGCUCGAGGAUGAAUCUGCUGCCAGCAUCGAUCCCACUCGGGCCCGAGAUCCGAUGACAUUGGGGCUUUCGAGCAAUGUUGUGGUCGACCAAACCCGUCGUGUACGAGCACGCGACUUUUUCAACCUCUCUCUAUACCAUUCGAGUGGUCAGUUGGUUGACUGCCGAGCCGAACUCCUAUACCGAGACAACACAUCGAGCAAUGGUCCCGGUGGUGAUUUGCUGAUCUGUGAAAUUGAUCACUCAGAUCGGUGGUUGCUCUUCCCGCCCAUGGAUCUCCGGUGUGUCUCUGCCCGCAAUGGAGACAGCAAGGGCGAGAUCGUGGUUAUGCUACGCAGUGCUCCAGGAGAGGAGAAGUACUGGCAAGAACUGAUCUCACUCCGCAUCGAUGAGGUUGAAAUUGGUCUCGAAUGGGUGCAACUGCUCGGCCAAGAUCCCGUUCCCCCAACACUUUGCAGGAGCCAGAGUUUCAUCAGUCGAGCCAAGCAACACAAGGCUCGCAAGUCCAGUAACAGUGAUUCUCCACCAAGGGCGCAUCCGAGUGACGUGGACAUUCCUAUCGGUGAGAAAGCCACCACCAAGCGACGCUCUCUUACACCGAAGGAGCAUUACUCUGAGCCGAGUACUGUCAGUUCUUCAGUCACUGAGAACAAGAGCUCUAUCCUGUCCACAGCUACCCGGGAGACGGAAUAUACCACCGGUGGCUCUGAAGUGUCUAGCAAGCAGGCUGUCCGGCCCGGUCUGCCACUCUUGCCUUCUACUCUGAGCCCUGAGAAAUCUCCAGGUGGACUGAAGAGGUCCAAAGCAAAGAGGCAUUCUCGCCAUGCAGACAGCCCGGUGUCCGAGACUGCGUCUCCCAUGACCGUCUUCUCAGACCUUCCAGUCGAACCCUCAACACCUACACCAGCUCCCGGACGGUUCUACGGCGGUGCUGACAGCGCUAAGGAUGUAGCCUCCCCCAAGGAGAAGUCUGCCAAGAAGGCCUCUCAAAUACCGCGUCCGAAGGAAUCUCCAGAGAGGGAGUCUCCUCGAGUGUCCUUGACCCCAUCUCCUUAUCUGCCUAUAAUUCCAAAGAUUCGCAGUACCAGCAGCCAGACCCACCUGUCUUCACCAUCCACCGUCGAGCCAGAGGAAGAAGACUACCCACCACUGGAGUCUCUACCAGAACAAGAGCCCUUGGAGACUCCUACGAAAUCUAACAGGAGAAAGUCCAGACGAAAGUCCAAGCAUGAGGAGGCUCCUCCCCCACCGCCGCCUCAUCGCUCACCAAGCUCCUCCUCGAAUAAGCUGUCCAAUAGCCCUGUGCUCACCCCGUCGGGCGUUAAACUCAAGCGCCGAGGCUCGUCACCACUGAAGCACGAAUACGAACCCUCGACUGCUUCUGACUAUUCUGAAACCGACUCUGAUGCAUCCACCGUGCGACACUACGCGUACUCCUCGUCUGAAUACUCGCGAUCCGUAACUGACUCGGACUCUUAUUCGUCGGCCUCAGAGGAGGAAGAUGUGCCUGAACUCCCCAAGCCAAGAGCAAUUCAGUCAACUACGUCUGAUGCAAGCUCUUUGUCUCCUUCGAACUCUGCGUCGCAAGGUGGAUACCGCACUGUGCCAUUGCAACCAACUAAGUCGACCAAGGCCGUUGCGUUUAUCUUUGCUUGGUCUGACAAAGGUAGCUGGGAUAGUCUCGUCCCCGACGAGUGCAGCAUUAUCGUCAGUCCUGGUCUGAUCGAGGCGUUCAAGAUGGGAUCUGAUUCGAGCUCAUCUCGACCUCUCAUAUCCAUGGAACUCACGCCACUGGUCCCAAUUCGUCGAGGCACCGCGAUUGACAUCAGCGUCCGCUCGCCUCCUACCGACCGGUCUAAGAUCACAUCAAGCAAUAACAUCAUGUUCAGGUCUCGCAGUCCUGAUGAAUGUGACGCUCUCUACAGCCUCAUCAACCAAGCUCGGAUCAACAAUCCGACCUACAUCGCCCUUCAAAACGCACGCGGCCCUGUCUAUGACAAUCACAUGCCCACCUUCGAGGAGCCCAACACCAAAUCAGGAAACAGCUGGUUCGGCUUCCCCCGUCGCAGAAAGAGCUACCGCGCAUCUGAUUCACCGCGCUCCCUGGCGGAGGGCUCUGAGAGCAGUGUUGGUACAAUGAGCAGCGCCUUCUCUGCGCUGAAACGCUUCGGCGGCGGUAGCAAAAUGUUCAAUAUCUCUCGCUCUACCGUGACAUCUCGCAGCGGCCGUGAAGGUAGCAUAUACUCCGGCUCUGGAGGCUCAUCCGACCCCUCCCCAUCAUCGGGCAUUGGCCGUAUUGCCGCCGCCAUCAAGGGCGCCGACGGAAUCGGUCUCUCGAAUGCCAAGAUCCGCCUCUACCUACGGGAAACUGCUUCCAAAUGGCGCGACAUGGGUGCUGCCCGUUUGACAAUUAUGCCUGCGCCACCCAAGAACCCUCCCUCUCGCCCUGGUACCGCCGUCAGUGCUCGCAGCGAAGGCAGUCGGGACGACAGUACUUCACCACCCAGCUCAGGCGCAGCCACACCACGCCGUGACGUGGAGCCCGAGAAACGAAUCAUCAUCCGCGGCAAAACACGCGGCGAAGUCUUGCUGGACGUGUGUCUUCCUGAGAGUUCAUUCGAGCGUGUUGCUCGCACUGGUAUCGCCGUCUCUGUGCAUGAAGAGAAUGAAGGCGGCGUCAUCGCUAAGCAAGGUGGCGUGGGCACGAGUACCCAGCGCAUCUACAUGAUUCAGUUGAAGUCCGAAGCCGAGGCUGCUUAUACCUUUGGCCUUGUGGGUAAACUACGGUAUUAG